AUGAAAAAACAUCAAAGACAAGCUAAGGACAAUGGUAGCGGUAGUAACAAUCUGAGCAUCAAAGAUGAAGUAGAAAAGGAAUUGAAUAAAAAAGGGACAUUUGAAUUGUAUAAGAAAAUAAAAACACAGAAUAUUUCAUUUUUUCUACCCUUUAAAUGUUUACCAUCAAGUCAUAAGAAGUUAUUAGGGGUAUCUUUUGUGUGCGCCACUAUAUCAGGUGGUACGUUGCCAUUUUUUGUAUCAGUAUUUGGUGUUAUCAUGAAAAAUAUGAACUUAGGAGAAAAUGUAAAUGAUAUUAUAUUUUCCCUAGUAGCAAUUGGAAUUGUUCAAUUUAUUUUAUCAUUUAUUUCAAGUUUCUGUAUGGAUGUUGUAACAACCAAAAUAUUAAAAACGUUAAAAAUUGAAUUUUUAAAAAGUGUAUUUUACCAAGAUGGUCAAUUUCAUGACAAUAAUCCUGGUUCAAAAUUGACAUCUGAUUUAGAUUUUUAUUUAGAACAAGUAAAUGCAGGUAUUGGUACUAAAUUUAUUACCAUAUUUACGUAUGCAAGUGCUUUCUUGGGCUUAUACCUAUGGUCUUUAUUUAAAAAUGUUAGACUGACUUUAUGUAUUACUUGUGUAUUCCCCUUGAUAUAUAUAUGUGGAGUUAUCUGUAACAAGAAGGUUAAAAUUAAUAAAAAAACAUCUCUACUUUAUAAUAAUAACACUAUGUCUAUCAUUGAAGAAGCUUUAGUUGGCAUUAGAACAGUUGUAAGUUAUUGUGGUGAAAGUACUAUACUGAAAAAAUUUAAUUUGUCAGAAAAAUUAUAUAGUAAAUAUACUCUAAAAGCCAAUUUAAUGGAAUCAUUACACAUUGGUAUGAUUAAUGGAUUUAUUUUAGCCUCUUAUGCAUUUGGUUUCUGGUAUGGAACAAGAAUUAUCAUUUCAGAUCUGAAUAAUCAACAACCAGAUAACGAUUUUCAUGGUGGUUCAGUUAUAUCAAUUUUGUUAGGGGUUCUCAUUAGUAUGUUUAUGCUGACAAUUAUAUUGCCCAAUAUAACGGAAUAUAUGAAAUCGUUAGAAGCAACCAAUAAUUUGUAUGAAAUUAUUAAUAGAAAGCCAUUGGUAGAAAAUAAUAAUGAUGGGAAAAAAUUGAAAGAUAUAAAAAAAAUUGAAUUCAGAAAUGUCCGAUUUCAUUAUGAUGCAAGAAAAGAUGUAGAAAUUUACAAAGACCUCAAUUUUACCCUAACUGAAGGAAAAACCUACGCAUUCGUUGGUGAAUCUGGAUGUGGUAAAUCAACUAUUUUGAAAUUAAUUGAAAGACUUUAUGAUCCAACAGAAGGUGAUAUCAUUAUUAAUGAUUCUCAUAAUUUGAAAGAUGUAAACUUAAAGUGGUGGAGAUCUAAAAUUGGAGUUGUGAGUCAAGAUCCACUACUCUUUAGCAAUUCAAUAAAGAACAAUAUCAAGUAUAGUUUAUACAGUGUGAAAGAUUUAGAAUCACUUGCAGAAGAAGAAAUGAACGAAGAUGAUUUCACAUCACAUAAUGAUAGUAGCAAUAAUGGCAAUCAUAUGGGUUGUAGAGCCAAAUGCGUCAGUGACAUGAAAGAUAUGGCAAAAACCGCAGAUUCGACUGAACUUUUAGAAGUGAGAAAAAAUUAUGAAACCAUUAUUGAAGACUCAGAAGUGGUAAAUGUUUCGAAAAAAGUUUUGAUCCACGAUUUCGUUUCCGCACUUCCAGAUAAAUACAAUACCUUGGUAGGUUCUAAUGCAUCUAAAUUGUCAGGUGGACAGAAACAACGAAUAUCCAUUGCAAGGGCCAUUAUUAGAAAUCCGAAAAUUUUGAUUUUAGAUGAAGCCACAUCUUCUUUAGAUAACAAAUCUGAAUACCUAGUCCAGAAAACCAUAAACAACUUAAAAGGAAAUGAAAACAGAAUUACAAUCAUUAUCGCACAUAGAUUGAGCACAAUAAGAUAUGCCAACACUAUUUUUGUAUUGUCAAAUCGAGGAAAUGGUAUUAUACCCAGUAUCGAUGUGAUUGAAGGAAAUACCAACAAUGGUUAUAACAAAAAUGAAGAUAAGAAUGACGAUAAGAAUGACGAUAAGAAUGACGAUAAGAAUGAUGAUAAGAAUGAUGAUAAGAAUGAGAACAAUCGAAUUAGCAAUGCAGGAAGUUAUAUUAUUGAGCAAGGAACACAUGAGUCUUUGAUGAAAAAUAAGCAGGGUAUUUACUAUACCAUGAUUCAUAAUCAGAAGAUAUCUUCCAAAAGUUCAAACAAUAAUGAUAAUGACAAUGAAUCAGAUAUGAAAAGUAGUAUUUACAAAGAUUCCGAAUCAGGCAGAGACAUAAACGAAAUGAAUGAUAUGAUGAAAGAUGGAAAUGAAAGUAAAUCUGCAAAUGAUAAUGAAAAAGUGAAUGGAACAAGAAAUAAUGCUGCAGGAGGAGCAGAUGCAAGUGGAAGAUGGGCCUUCUUCAGAAAUAUGUUCAAAAGAAAACCUAAGGCACCAAGCAAUCUUCGUGUCGUUUACAGAGAAAUAUUUGCAUAUAAAAAGGAUAUUAUAAUUAUAGUAUUGAGUAUUAUUGUAGCGGGAGGUUUAUACCCAUUAUUUGCUCUUUUAUAUGCAAAGUAUGUAUCUACACUUUUCGAUUUUGCUAAUUUAGAAAAGAAUUCUAAUAAAUAUUCCCUGUAUAUCUUAGGAAUUGCAAUUGCAAUGUUUAUAUCUGAAACGCUUAAGAAUUAUUAUAACAAUGUGAUAGGAGAAAAAGUGGAAAAAACUAUGAAGCUUCGAUUAUUUGAAAAUAUUUUAUAUCAAGAAAUUAGUUUUUUUGAUCAAGAUAUUCAUGCUCCUGGUUUACUUUCAUCACAUAUUAACAGAGAUGUACAUUUGUUAAAAACUGGUUUAGUAAACAACAUUGUCAUUUUUACGCAUUUUAUAGUACUGUUUAUAGUUAGUAUGAUUAUGUCAUUUUAUUUCUGUCCAAUCGUAGCAGCAGUUUUAACAGGAACAUAUUUUAUAUUCAUGAGAGUUUUUGCAAUUAGAGCACGCUUAUCAGCUAAUAAAAAUGUAGAAAAGAAAAGAGUUAAUGAACCAGGUACUAUAUUUGUAUAUAAUAAUGAUGAAGAAAUUUUUAAGGAUCCAAAUUUUUUAAUUCAAGAAGCCUUUUAUAAUAUGAAUACAGUUGUUAUCUACGGUUUAGAAGAUUAUUUUUGUACAAUUAUUGAAAAAGCUAUUGACUAUUCUAAUAAAGGACAAAAGAGAAAAACUUUAAUAAAUUCUAUGUUAUGGGGUUUUAGUCAAAGUGCACAAUUAUUUAUCAACAGUUUUGCUUAUUGGUUUGGUUCUUUCUUAAUUAGAAGAGGUACUAUAAACGUUGAUGAUUUUAUGAAAUCAUUGUUUACUUUUUUAUUUACUGGAAGUUAUGCCGGAAAGUUAAUGUCUCUCAAGGGAGAUUCUGAAAAUGCAAAAUUGUCAUUUGAAAAAUACUAUCCAUUAAUUGUUAGAAAGUCCAAUAUAGAUGUACGUGAUAACAGCGGUAUUAAAAUUAAAAAAAGUACGGAUAUAAAAGGAAAAAUAGAAAUACAAGAUGUUAAUUUUAGGUAUAUUUCUAGACCAAAUGUACCGAUUUAUAAAGAUUUAACAUUUUCUUGUGACAGUAAAAAAACAACUGCCAUUGUUGGAGAAACCGGUAGUGGAAAAUCAACCGUUAUGAGCUUAUUAUUGCGAUUUUAUGAUUUAAAAAAUGAUCAUCAUAUUGUUUUCAAAAAUGGUAAUAAUAAGAAUUCUGACAAAAAUGAAGAGGAGAAUAAUGAGGAGGCAGACGAAGAACAAAAUGUGGGUAUGAAAAAUGUGAACGAAUUCGGUUUGAAUAACAAUAAUAACAAUGAAGGAGAAAAUUUUACCGUAUUUAAAAAUAGUGGAAAAAUAUUACUCGAUGGGGUUGAUAUAUGCGACUAUAAUUUAAAAGAUUUAAGAAAGUUAUUUUCAAUAGUGAGUCAAGAACCUAUGUUGUUUAAUAUGUCGAUUUAUGAAAAUAUCAAAUUUGGAAAAGAUGAUGCAACAAGAGAAGAUGUAAAACGUGCAUGCAAAUUUGCUGCAAUUGAUGAAUUUAUUGAAUCAUUACCUAACAAAUAUGAUACAAAUGUUGGACCAUAUGGAAAAAGUUUAUCUGGUGGUCAAAAGCAAAGAAUAGCUAUUGCAAGAGCAUUGUUGAGAGAACCAAAAAUUCUAUUAUUAGAUGAAGCAACAUCAUCUCUUGAUUCCAAUUCGGAAAAAUUGAUUGAAAAAACUAUUGUAGAUAUAAAGGACAAGGCGGAUAAAACCAUUAUUACCAUUGCUCACAGAAUUGCAUCUAUUAAAAGAUCAGAUAAAAUUGUUGUCUUCAAUAACCCAGAUAGAAAUGGCUCAUUUGUGCAAGCCCAGGGAACACAUGAUGAGCUUCUUUCGGUGCAAGAUGGUAUAUAUAAAAAGUACGUGAAGUUGGCUAAGUAA